ACGACAUCGUCACCGUCACCGUCCCGUCGCCACCGCAGUCGCUCCACAGCCAUGGCCCGCCCGCGAUACAGCCUGGCGCCGCAGGGGACGCCCGCGCGCGGCACCAAGGUCCCGCUCAACGACGACGACGAAGAGCGCGCCAACCGCCGCCAUGCCUUCGCCGAGAAGCAUCGCAACUCGCUGCGCGCCUCGGCCACGCCCGUCAAGAAGGCGCGCCGCUCGCUGGCCGCCGCCGACCCGCACACGCCGUCGCAGGACCACGACCCCGACCACGACCAGGACAUGCCCGAUGUCGCCGGCAGCGCCGUCACCCCCAUGAAGCGCGUCAUGCCGCUGGCCUCCAACUUCGAGGACUGGAUCAAGAUGGCCACCGACAACAAGAUCAACGCCACCAACUCGUGGAACUUUGCCCUGAUCGACUACUUCCACGAGAUGUCGCUGCUGAAAGAGGGCGACGGCGUCAACUUCCAAAAGGCGAGUUGCACCCUCGACGGCUGCGUCAAGAUCUACACCAGCAGAGUCGACAGCGUCGCCACCGACACCACCAAGCUCCUGAGCGGCCUGGCCGAGAACGGCAACACGAAGCGCCGCGGCGACGAUGAAGACGGCGAGGACGACGAGGACGGCGAGGACGCGGGCGAGGACGGUCAGAAGAAGAAGCGCAAGCGCGCAGCCCGCUCUGCCGAAACCACGCUCGCCGCCUCGUUCGAGCAGCUGCAGAACAAGAAGAUGGACCUCGAGCUGGCCCAGGACCCGCUGUUCAAAAAGGCCACCGCCGACUUCGACGAGGGCGGCGCCAAGGGCCUGCUGAUGAACCACCUGGCGAUUGACGCAAACGGCAGGAUUGUCUUCGACAGCAGCGACGAUGCAGGCGACAAGACAGCAAAAGACGUGGGGGACCCCUCUGCCCCGGAGGAAUCACCCGAGCCGGAGGAGCUGGUUGAAGAAGCCCCGAACGAGGCUGAUAUUGAUGUCGACAUCUCUGGACUGGCCGCCAAAUUCUUCCCCAACCUCGCGCUUCUCGACGAACAGGACGUCUGCCCGUCCAUGAAGACGUUCGACCUCGGCGACGUGAACGGCUCCAUGGACCUCCCCUUCCUUAAGGCCCCUGAGGACUGGCGGCAGGAAGAGCAAGACGACGCCGAGGACGAGGCUGGCAACGUUUCCGGCGUGUUCCUCGACGACAACAACGCCGGCGGCUUCGACGACGACGACGAUGACAAUCUGGGAGGGCUGGACAUGGGCGCUGAUGUUGGCUUCGGCGAGGGCGGCGAGGCUGUCGCUUACCAGCUUGCUCUCGAUCCCAGCGCGCGCGUACACAACAAAGAAGAGGGGGAGGCCGGCGAGCCCGUAGAAAGCAUCGAAGGCCAGCCCGGCCCCGACGAGCAGGGGUAUUCCCUAGCCAUGCACCACCUCCGCGGCCAGGAGCACGAAAACAUCCUCAGCUACUUCGACCAAGCACUCAAAAAGAACUGGGCCGGCCCCGAGCACUGGCGCAUCCGCCGCAUCAAGGACGCCGGCAAAACCGCCCCGCCCACAAAGCGCAAAGAAAAAGAGCCCUUCACCAUCGACUUCCUCGCCCCCAUGUCCCAGGACCUCGCAACCGCCCUCUACACCCCGCCCGCCUCAGCCUCCACCAUCUCCCUCCCAAAAGCCCAGUGGAUCGCCAAAGAGCGCCACCUGCUGCCGCCCGACCGCAACUUCAACUCCAAAAACCUGCUCCAGCUGUUCCUCAAGCCCAAAGCCCGCCUCGGCCCCCGCCGCACCCAGCGCCUCGACCCCGCCGCCAAACAACCCGACCUCCCCCGCGAAAUCGACGAGGCCUUCUGGGCCGCCCGCGCCGACGACGCAGAGGAACCCGCGGCUGCCACCUACGACGCGGAUUUCUUCGCCGACGACGCGCUGCCGUUUGCAGGUGGGUUUGACGACGACGACGACUUCGCCGACGCGCGCGAGCACUUCUCGCCCCCGCCCGCCGGCGAUGGGGUCCCGGUGCCCGGUGUCCCCGAGCCGGGCGCGUUUGGCGCGGAUCUGGUCGCGCAGACGCGGCGGUUUAGGCCCGAGUACAUGAAUUAUGCAAGGACGGCGAAGAAAGUCGAUGUCAAGCGGCUGAAGGAUAAUCUGUGGGGGAGCAUGGGGCUGGAUACACAGCCCACACCCGUCGGUGUGCCCGACGCCCCCGACGCAGACCUUGACGCAGAUCCCACCGCAAACGCCGAGAAGAAAGACCCGACCCUCAACUUCACAGACGUCGUCCAGUCUCUCGCAACCCUGUAUCCGCAGAAAGCCCUCGCCGAUAUCUCAACAAGCUACUGUUUCAUCUGCACGCUGCAUCUCGCGAAUGAGCAGGGGUUGGUGAUUGAGAGUGUCGAGGGGUAUGGCGAUUUGAAGAUUCGGCGGGAUUGGAGUGCGGAUUUGAGUGUGGGGCAUUAGGAGCAUAAACCACCAAGACAAGGAGAUAUGGAGGAGACCCCGGGCUGAAAAGGGACGAGGCGAGGCAAGACACAGGACAAAGGGAGGCGAGAAUCCAAGGGAGCAGCUUCCAUGCAUUGUUGAGUAAUUAGUCACGGCGUUCACGGCGUUCAGGGCCCAGGGGUGUGUACAUAUUAACACGGAAACGGAAAUUGGG